UACACAACUUUCCAGGGUGGAGAUGUGGGGCUGAGUGGGCGGGGAGAAGGUCUGACUGGGCAGGGAGAAGGGUUCUUAAAUGCAUUUCCUCCAGGCUGAUGCUCAUUCCAGCAGCUCCAGCCACUGGCAGAGACUGUGUCAAAGGCACCAUGAACAAAAUCAGCGAGGUUGUGCAGCAGGCCAGAGCUGCCUUCAACUCCGGCAGGACUCGCCCUCUGCAGUUCCGGAUCCAGCAACUGGAGGCGCUGCGGCGCAUGAUCAAGGAGCGCGAGAAGGACAUCGCGGGCGCGCUGGCUGCCGACCUGCACAGGAACGAAUGGAAUGCUUACUACGACGAGGUGGUGUAUGUCCUGGAGGAGAUCGAAUAUGUGAUCCAGAAUCUCCCUGAGUGGGUUAUGGAUGAGCCCACAGAGAAGACUGCCAACACCCAGCACGAUGAAUGCUACAUCCACUCGGAGCCCCUGGGUGUGGUCCUCAUCAUUGGCACCUGGAACUAUCCCUUUGACCUCACCAUUCAGCCCAUGGUGGGCGCCAUUGCUGCAGGGAACUCGGUGGUCCUCAAACCCUCCGAGGUGAGCGAGAACACGGCGAACCUGCUGGCCACCAUCAUCCCUCAGUACCUGGAUAAGGAUCUGUUUCCAGUGAUCAAUGGGGGCAUCCCUGAGACCACGGAGGUGCUCAAGCAGAGAUUCGACCACAUCUUGUACACUGGGAGCCCUGGUGUCGGGAAAAUCGUUAUGACGGCUGCGGCCAAGCACCUGACCCCUGUGACUCUGGAGCUGGGGGGGAAGAGUCCUUGCUACGUGGACAAGGACUGUGACCUGGACUUGGCCUGCAGACGCAUUGCCUGGGGGAAAUACAUGAACAGUGGCCAGACCUGCGUGGCCCCGGACUACAUCCUCUGUGAUCCCUCCAUCCAGAACCAAGUCGUGGAGAAGCUCAAAAAGGCCGUGAAGGAAUUCUAUGGGGAAGAUGCCAAGAAGUCUCCUGACUAUGGAAGAAUCAUUAACUCCCGGCACUUCCAGAGAGUGAUGGGUCUGUUAGAGGGCCAGAAGGUUGCCUGUGGAGGCACCGGGGACGCGGCCACCCGAUACAUAGCCCCUACCAUCCUCACGGACGUGGACCCCGAGUCCCCAGUGAUGCAGGAGGAGAUCUUCGGGCCCAUCAUGCCCAUCGUGUGCGUGCGCAGCCUGGAGGAGGCCAUCCAGUUCAUCAACCAGCGAGAGAAGCCCCUGGCCCUAUAUGUGUUCUCCCAAAAUGACAGGGUGAUUAAGAAGAUGAUUGCAGAGACAUCAAGUGGUGGGGUGACAGCCAAUGAUGUCAUUCUCCAUAUCUCCGUGCACUCUCUGCCCUUUGGGGGUGUGGGGAACAGUGGCAUGGGUGCCUACCACGGCAAGCACAGCUUCGUGACCUUCUCCCACCGCCGCUCCUGCCUGGUGAGGUCUCUGGGGAAGGAAGAUGCCUUCAGAGGCAGAUACCCCCCAAGCCUGAGCAAGAUGACCCGUCACUGAAGCUCACACACUUGGCCUCCAGUGCAGUGCCUUCACCCCGCUCCCAGCACCUCAGAGGCUCGCUCCUGGAGUCCUGCUGGCUCCUCCGUGGAUCAGUGUGUGCCCCAUGGCCACGCAGGCUGGCCUCCCCUCCCCAAGUCCCUGCCCCCUUGCAGGCCACGGAAGACAAUAAAGUUUACCAAGUGCACAA